AUGCACACUGGUCAAAGUCCAACCCAUCAAAAUGAAACAAACUACGGCACAAGUCAAGCAUAUGCCAUGCAAACCCCGCUAACACAACACAACUCACUGCAACUGCCGCCACAAGAACAUAAAUAUAAACGAAACUACCGAGCAUGCCUUAAUUGUCGUGUGCGUAAAGUCAAAUGUGAUUUGGGACCCGUGGAUAAUCCCCACGAUGGAAAAUGUGCCCGAUGCUUACGUGAGCGGAAAGACUGUGUUUUUGUUGAGAGUAAACGUGGUGGCGCUAGUAAUGUGUUGAACGGGAGACGCAAGCGACAAAAGCAUAGUAAUCUGGGAGAGUAUGAGAGAAGCCAAUCACCUGAACUUGCUUCGAAUGCUUUUCGUGGAAACCAAGAGCACAAUGCGAAAACAAAUGCAACUGCCUAUGGCUCAUCGCCGCAAUCUUUACCGGGUAUAAAUAGUCUAUUACACGAGGGAGACCUACAGGAUAUGACUAACUUGUCACGACCAAGUCCGCAAUCGCAUGAGUCCAUGCCAAAUGAACCGACCCCAUCGACGACAAUGGAUAAAAACAAGAACGACAGCUCCGAGCAAAAGACAGGACAGGGUAGUCACUUUGCUACCAUGGAAGGUGCUUUAGUGUUUUUGGCUAGUGCCGCAGGAACAAUUGCCAAGGCCGAUGAGAGGGACAAUAUCGAUGCAAGAACUAAAUACGAUCAAAUUGAAGCCAUGACAGGAAAUAAUAGCCACAGAACUAGUAUAGACGAGAACAACCUUCUGCCACAAAUAAAUCAAGGGAAAGGAAACACCCCCUACAUGCUGAGACAUGGAUCGCAACUGCAACAUACACAAAGCCAGAGCUCCAAUUUCGAUGAGGCGGCUAAUAGCUCAUGCCCAACGGGCAGAGACGACCUUAUCACUAAUCAACAACGUAGUAAAGACUAUCCGCCUCAGCCGAGCCGUCACAAUUCUACAGAUAAUACCACACAGCACGUGUAUCCAUUUAUGAACCCAACCAGGAACAAGCGAAUGACUAUGCCUGCUGCAGAAAGUGGUUAUGCAAUACGCCCUAAAGCAUCAAAGAAGUUGUCAAGUAUCGAGUAUAUCGGCUCUGCUCCUCAUGGAAUCCUCACAGAAGAAGAAGCUGAACGUUUAAUCAAUUUGUUUUUCUCCACGAUGCAUCCUUAUUUCCCUCACAUUCCGAAAUUCCUCCACUCGCUGAAGGUAUUGUCAGGAUAUCCGAUACUUCUUUGUGCUAUAUUGACAAUAUCUUCGCGGUAUCAUCCAUUUGAAAACAAUGCCAGCAGUUUACAAAACGGAAAUGUACCGAGAAAUAUCGAAGUUCACGACCGAUUAUGGCUUUACGUCCAACGUUUGAUUUCGCAAACAGUUUGGGCUGAGGCGAGUACACGAUCAAUUGGUACGAUAUUUGCAUUUUUGCUAUUCACUGAGUGGAAUCCACGGGCUAUUCACUGGAGGUGGUCCGAUUAUGCCAACAAGGCAGAGGAAGGAGGCAAUGAAAAUGAUGCUGGUGUGGGUGGUUUAAAUGCCCAGGGUGGCGGCCUUGGGGCAAUGAAUGCAACAACAGCUGCAUUUGGCAGAGCAACAGGUGGAAACAAUGGCGGUAGUGCUGAUGGAAGUGAUGGUAACGCAGCAGUUGGAGGUCUGAAUCUUGCCGGAUUAGGAGCAAUGAGGAGAAGUCAUCGUAUGGCGUGGAUGUUGAUUGGAAGUGCUGUGCGUUUAGCCCAGGAUAUGGGGUUUAUGGAGAUGAGCUCAAAGACGUUAAUUGCAACACAUAUCGCUGAAAUCAAUUCAGUUAUGGAUAUAUCACGUCGAUCAAUGCUUGCACAUUCGUUAUCAGAGAUUGAUUUAGAUGAGGAUGAAAUAAGUGAGGAGGAUACCGAAUUUGGUGAAGAUGUCGACGAUGAUGUCAACAUUAUGAAGAUGAGCGAGGAGGAACUUAAACGAGCAGCAAAUGAACACACAUUCAAGUUCACUAAAGCACAAAAGGCGCAAAUUGAACUACUACAAAUAAUGUCCUUGGGACAUGAAUCCUUUUAUGGAUACAAGGCGCAAUUAGGUCAGUUAUCGCAGCGUCAGAAUUUGGCAGUGUUGAACAUAAUCAGUCCUUUAAUCAACAACUGGAGUCGCAAAUACAGGCAACUAUUAGUUCCCACGAGUGGUAAAUUGGCCAAGCAUGUCUCCAAUUUUCAACACCAAUGGACGAAACCCAACUCCAAGAUAUGCCUUGAGGUUAAUGAGUCCAUACAACAAGAGUCGUUUAUUUUUGAAUUUAAUUAUGUUAAGCUAUACAUAUACUCAUUAGCACUCAGUCCGUCGCCGCGGACAUUGAUGGGGAAGAAAAAUAGCCGGGUAUCGUUAAAGUUGGACGAAUUAUCAAGGUCGGCUCGGUUCAUUGAGCAGGCAUUCAAUGCUGCUAAUGAAAUGUUGAACGCUGCCCAUCGGAUCCACAAAUUUAAAAUGUUGCGAUUUAUGCCUGUGCGUUGGUUGACCAGAUUGGUUCGUGCUGUGGCUUUUAUCGUCAAAUGCUACUUGACAAUUACAGCACAAAAGAAUGGCAGUGGCGGUGGUGGUGUUGCUGCGGCAUUUGGAUCCUCAUCAAGAGAGACUUAUGACCCUACAGUAUUGUCAUUCAGCUUGAUUAGCAUUGAUGAUAUAUCUUCCCUGAUACAUCGAGCUGCGUUAACGUUGAGAGAUUGCUCACCGGAUGAAUUGCAUUUGUGUACGCGAUACUCCAAUAUUUUGAUGUAUUUGUACUCGGAGAUGAAGAACAAAAAGAAUGAUCAGGAUGAAUUGGAUAUCGAUCGCGGGUAUCAUUAUUCUCAAGGACAGGACUCUGUAUCUGACCGUUACCAAGCUUAUGAACGUGAGCGUGUGCAAAACAUUGCACAAACAGGCAUGUCGAGCGCUAUUGCCGGCACAAACCAACUGCAGCAGUCUCAUAAGAUUAGCUCGAAUGAUUCAUUUGAGCAACUAACACCCCAAAAUCAACCGUACGAGAAACUGGAUGCAUUCCCUUAUGGUCCAUAUUUCAAGCAGCCCACGAAUGUUCCUACAUCGGCACCAAUUGCAGUUGGUGUGACAGGAAAGCCAAACAGUCCAAUGCAGCAUUCAAUUUCGAACACUGCUUCAGCAUCUGCAUCGGGUUCGGCUUCAGCGUCGGCCACAGCACCAGCAUCAGCCGUGCCUCCACCAGAAGAUAGGCAGCAUCAGACGAAAGCUUCGAUUCCAACAGCAGCCACAGAUCAAAUAGGCACAUCAGGGGGCGCUUUUAGUCAACCAACAUCGGUUGGAAAUAACACUAGUGGUGAGGGAACCAGCGCAGGUAUUGGUGCUGCAACAAACAGUAGUAAUGUAAUAGGCAUCGGUGAUUCAGAAGUGAUGGAUUGGUUUAUGAAUAAUCAAACCAUUGGAUUGGACUUUGUCGCUCCAUGGACAGAAAUGAUUGAACAACAAUUGAAUUCGACCGAUCAAAAUUUCUACUUUUGA